CUGCUGCAGACUCCUCUUGGCAGCUCUCCAUGGCAUGCACAAAAUCAGAGCCCAGCCCAGCAGUAAAGCUCCCAGCCACAGCCCUGACGGCGGCAGCACGGACUCUACCACCCCCCACGACGACGCCCAUGCUCCAGAGAAACCUAGUUACAGCAGAGACCCCAUCGUCAGUCUUCAGCAAACCGAACUUGCUCCCCCCAAGAAGAGUGCCUGAGCAUAACCAUCACACCGUCGUCCCGUGUGGACUGCCAGGCUGGGAUGAGCACAGGCACAGGGAAGCUACUCAGAUGCCACCGCAAGCCCUGGCCUCCUGGACGGCAGAACCCCUGAUCUCUCCACCUGGUUUGGCCAAGCCCAGCACCCCACACCCUUUCCCACCACCGCCCGGAGCGCAGCAGAGAGGGCCCGGUGGCCCGCAGUGCUCCGAAGCCGAGAGGACUUCGGUGAAUUCCGACCCGGCCGCGGGCACCAGCGCCCACACCGCGCACUGGCACACACGCACGCGUGCGCUCCCGCCCCUCACCCAGCCCGGCUUCCGAAGUUACCUCCGAGACUCCCCCGGCGCAGGGUCAGUGCCUCCCCGGGUCUCCCGCCGCUCUCCAGCCGUGGUCCGCACGGCCUCGGCUGCCGCGCCUCGGGAAGCCUUCGGAGCCCACCGGUCCCCGCCUCCCGGGCAGCCGGUUCGGUGCCGAGCUGCUCACCGGGGCUGGGGCGGCGCGGCUCUGCCCCCGCUCGGGGUCUGCCCUCACCUGCGCGACGCCGCGGGCGCAAGGCGGCCCGGGCGGGCGCGCAGGCACCUCCGGGGCAUCGGGCAGCCGGCACAGGCUCUCAUGGCGCCGGUGCUUGCGGCGACCCCGGGAUGUGGCCUCAGCCCCCGGGCGGCCCCAGCCUUGGGCUUUGUGUCUCGGCCGCCGCCGCCGCGUCACGGGCUUGGGGGCAGUGAGCAGGGCGGGCCGAGGAGCCGGCGGCGCAGAGCCGAGCUCGGCCUCCCCAUGGUCGCCUGCCCGGGCGCGCAGGCAGGCGGGCGGGCAGGGCGCACCGGCAGUGACUGCGUGCGCCCUGGGGACGGAGGGGCGGGCCCGGGGAGGGGCGCGGCGGGCGCGCCAAGGGGGUGCCUCGCUGGAGAGUGAGAGCGGGGCGCCGCCAGAGCUCGGGGAAAGCCACGUCCGCGCGGUCCCGGGUC